UCCGUUUAAUUGGUAGGGAAACUGUGAGCUUCAACCACGUGUUCCAGCCAUGGGAUUUCGACGACUACAAAAAACUAGGUCAUGUUCCUGUGUGGACUAUCACCACGCGAAUGAUACUAGCGUCGUACGUCAUAGGAAAUCAGUAUCUGUUCGUACCACCUGGAGAAGGGAGCAAAGAACCCGCUCUAGAUCUUGUAUUCAUCCGAGGUCAGAGUUGGGAAUUCCUACCAGGCUAUUACCGCCACCUUGCGCCUGGUAGGGGUACGACAGUUACCGAAAGUUUGCGCCAUGUAGGCAACACUUCUUGGGUGAGCAUGGAAGAAAUCAGAGAUGCCCCCACCAAUGAGCUGAUGAUUAGAGGAAUUCUUCAAAGAAUUAAUGUUUCAGCUACCAGACGUCGACCAGAGCCGCUUCCUGAUUGGUUGAGGGAGAGAUAUUCCUACCUGACGUCAUCGGUGCCACGCCCACCGACGGUUCAACCCUUUGAUGCACCGACAAACGUAAAGUGCUUCAGAUAUUCCGUCGUUGUGGCUCCAAAUGAGACAGACACCAAUGACCAUACAUUUCACGCAUCCUACCUCUGGUACAGUAUGGACUGUGCUUCUCUUGGAGCAAGAAGCGGGGCAUAUUCUCUCCUCAGGGGAAACCUUGCCAAGUAUGAUCUGAAGAUGUUGGAGGUGUUAUACCAGAAAGAAUCACUAGAGGGCGACGUACUUGAUGUUGAAUCAUGGGAAGACCAGGACAGUCCUGACACACUGAGGUUCCAGAUUAAGAAGGGCGAUGAGAACAUCACACAGUUAACGAUGCAGUUUUACAUAACAACUGUUUAAGACGCAAUCUGUUUUAUUUUGCUGUAGCUUUUCUCAGAGUUGCCAAGAAGCUACUGGCCGGAGCUUUAUGUUAAAAAACACCAAUGUUGAAAAGAAAUGUUGAGACAUGGGAU